CUUUACCUCCUCCGUGUCGCCCCCCGGGACCCCACUGCUCUUCUGCCCGUGCCGUUAAACAGCCCCGCAGCAUGGGGACGGCGGCGGGUCCCCUUCCGAGGGCUCCCUGCCACAGCCCCGCUCCCGGCCGUGCCAGGAGCAAUAGGCAGCUCCCAAGUUAGACGUAGGAACGCAGUGAAUGAAUAAAUGGUAGGAAUAAGCCUCAGGCAGCCCCUCCGCAGAGCUACCGCACGCCCCGAGUACCGGGAGAGGCAGCCUGCGAACGCCAGCCGGCUCUCCCUCCUUGUCUUUGCAACUCUAGGUCGCCUCCUAAUUUAAAGCUUUGCGCCAAUCCCCUUUGCCCGGGAAGGAGAGGAGAUCUAGAAAGAUGCCAGGCUGCAAAAGGGGACCCCAAUUAGCAGCGCUGGUACCGGGCGCUGCCUGGCCAAGGAGAGGCAAAGUUGCUCGGAGGAACGGGAAGCGGGUGCUCCAGAGGAGAGGGGAAGGGAAGGGGACGAUUACUUGGUGAUCGCAGUGUCUCCCUCCCGUUGUCCCUCUCUCCUCCUCCUCCCUCCCAGCCUUACCCCCGACCGCUUAGGAGGCCUUGAUGAGUUUCCAUCGGGAUCCGAUCCAAAGUGGGGGGGAGAGACCGUGACUGUUCCCAGAGGAAGCAGCUCACGCAAGUUUGGGGGGUGAGACUCCCCGGUGGAUGUUUAACGAGCACAUCAGGAGGCCCGCGAUGCCCGAGAGCAGCUGGAGACCCUCGCCGGGACCUACCUUCACGGCACGUAAUUUGAAGUCAUAAGAGAGAACGAAGAUAAAGAAGCUAGGUGGAGAGGAGAAAGAGGUGCAGCAGAAAGUGUUGCUGGCUUGUUCUUCACUGGCUUGUGGGACAGUGCUUCAACUUUGGCGAUGGACCAGAAGGACUGAAGAGCACUUUGGCUCCUACCCAUGUUUCUCAGAGCUGCUAAAACAAGACCAACGAAGAUGUUCACCAGACUCCAAGUCCUUGCUCUAGCUUUGUUUUCCAAAGGAGUUUUCCUUUCCCUAAGUGACCACAGCUUUGUAAGAAAGGAAAUCAAGAUAGAAGGAGACCUGGUCUUAGGUGGCUUAUUCCCAAUCAAUGAAAAAGGCACCGGGAUAGAAGAAUGUGGGAGAAUCAAUGAAGACCGAGGCAUACAGCGCUUAGAGGCCAUGCUGUUUGCCAUUGACGAAAUCAACAGAGACAACUACUUGCUACCAGGAAUUAAGCUUGGAGUCCACAUCUUGGACACGUGUUCCAGGGAUACAUAUGCUUUAGAACAGUCUUUGGAGUUUGUCAGGGCAUCUUUGACUAAAGUGGACGAAACAGAAUAUAUGUGCCCAGAUGGCUCAUAUGCCAUUCAAGAGAAUUUACCUUUACUCAUUGCAGGAGUCAUAGGCGGUUCCUACAGCAGCGUCUCCAUACAGGUGGCAAAUUUGCUCAGACUCUUCCAGAUCCCCCAGAUAAGCUAUGCCUCCACCAGUGCCAAGCUGAGCGACAAAUCCCGCUAUGACUAUUUUGCGCGGACAGUGCCACCCGACUUCUACCAAGCGAAAGCUAUGGCUGAGAUCCUACGGUUCUUCAACUGGACCUACGUGUCAACGGUUGCCUCAGAAGGAGACUACGGGGAGACAGGGAUUGAAGCCUUUGAGCAGGAAGCUCGCCUCCGCAACAUCUGCAUUGCCACCUCUGAGAAGGUGGGACGGUCCAACAUUAGGAAGUCCUAUGAUGGUGUGAUCAGAGAGUUGCUCCAGAAGCCCAAUGCCAGAGUGGUGGUGCUCUUCAUGCGAGGUGAUGACUCUCGGGAGCUCAUUGCAGCUGCCAACCGCUUCAACGUUUCCUUUACUUGGAUCGCCAGUGAUGGAUGGGGAGCACAGGAGAGUAUUGUCAAAGGUAAUGAGCACAUAGCUUCUGGGGCAAUAACCCUGGAACUUGCUUCCCAUCCGGUUAAAGAGUUUGACAGGUAUUUCCAAAGCCUCAGUCCUUACAAUAACAGGCGUAACCCUUGGUUCAAGGACUUCUGGGAGCAAAAAUUCCAGUGUAAUCUCCAGAACCGAAAGCCACAUAAAAAGACUUGUGACAAGCACUUCACCAUUAACAGUUCCAAUUAUGAGCAAGAAUCCAAGAUCAUGUUUGUUGUGAAUGCUGUGUAUGCGAUGGCCCACGCCUUGCAUAAAAUGCAGCGGACUCUGUGUCCAAACACCACCAAGCUCUGUGAUGCCAUGAAACAUCUGGAUGGCAAGAAGCUGUACAAAGAUUACCUCCUGAAAGUAAACUUUACAGCUCCCUUCAACCCUCCCAACUCUGCAGACAGUAUGGUCAAAUUCGAUGCCUAUGGAGAUGGGAUAGGCCGGUACAAUGUGUUUAACUUCCAGUACACUGGAGACAGAUACUCCUAUGUGAAGGUUGGUCACUGGGCAGAAACCUUGUCACUUGAGGUGGACUCCAUCCACUGGUCGAGGAGCUCUGUCCCUGUCUCGCAGUGCAGCGACCCCUGUGCUCCCAACGAGAUGAAGAAUAUGCAACCAGGAGAUGUCUGCUGUUGGAUUUGCAUUCCCUGUGAAACAUAUGAGUACCUGGCUGAUGAAUUCACCUGUGCAGACUGUGGGCCAGGGAAAUGGCCCACAGCUGACCUGACUGGCUGUUAUGACCUACCAGAAGACUACAUCAAGUGGGAAGAUGCUUGGGCAAUAGGUCCUGUUACCAUUGCAUGCCUGGGCUUUAUUUGUACUUUUAUGGUCAUUGCAGUGUUUAUCAAGCACAAUAAUACUCCCCUUGUCAAAGCCUCUGGCCGUGAACUCUGCUACAUAUUGCUCUUUGGGGUCUUCCUGUCAUACAGCAUGACUUUCUUCUUCAUAGCUAAGCCUUCUCCAGCUAUCUGCACCCUGCGUCGCCUGGGGCUAGGAAGUUCCUUUGCUGUCUGCUACUCUGCCCUCCUGACAAAAACAAACUGCAUAGCCAGAAUAUUUGAUGGUGUUAAGAACGGUGCCCAAAGGCCUAAGUUCAUCAGCCCCAGCUCUCAGGUCUUCAUAUGCCUGAGUCUCAUUUUGGUACAGAUUGUGGUGGUGUCUGUGUGGCUCAUCUUGGAGGCCCCUGGCACCAGGAGGUACACUCUUCCUGAGAAAAGAGAGACUGUCAUAUUGAAAUGCAAUGUUAAAGAUUCCAGUAUGUUAAUCUCCUUAACAUAUGAUGUAAUCCUCGUAGUUUUAUGCACUGUGUAUGCCUUCAAAACAAGGAAAUGCCCAGAGAACUUCAACGAAGCCAAGUUUAUCGGUUUCACAAUGUAUACAACGUGCAUCAUUUGGCUGGCCUUUCUCCCCAUAUUUUAUGUGACAUCCAGUGACUACAGAGUGCAGACCACCACCAUGUGCAUCUCCGUGAGUCUGAGUGGCUUCGUUGUGCUGGGCUGCCUGUUCGCGCCCAAGGUGCACAUCAUCCUCUUCCAGCCCCAGAAGAAUGUGGUCACGCACAGACUCCACCUCAACAGAUUCAGUGUCAGUGGGACCGGGACCACUUACUCCCAGUCAUCUGCUAGUAUGUACGUACCGACCGUCUGCAAUGGAAGGGAAGUCCUGGACUCCACCACCUCAUCUCUGUGAUUGUGACUUGCGGUUCAGUUCUUGAGUUUUUAGACUGUUAGGCAAAAUUUUGCACAUGUUGUGCACUCCAGAAACACCAGAAGACAAAAGAAAACAAAACAAGACUAGUACCUUUUUUUAGAAACAGUGUAAUAAAUUAUUUUUGAGGAUUGUACAGUAUAUAGUGAUGUUCUGGAACUUUUUAGACUGAUUUUAGCCCUUCUGUUGUUAACGGUUGUAAGGGACGUGUAAAUAGCCAUGGUUCACAACGUGCAUAGUCCUGCAGUAAGGGAGUGAUUUGUUGCAAGCACAGUUGCAAUGUUAGGUGACUUCUUUCCUACGAAAUUUUUUUGUAGCUCCUUGUUGUAAUUAACUUAGACUGCAUUUCUAUGUUGUAUAUUACAGUUACCUUACGUGUAACAGGUUGGUUUUCUCAGCACAAAACAGCAGUAUUAAUGUAAAGGCACCAAUAAUAAAGAGAUAAAAGUUUUUCA